GCGCAAAAACACCAAAUUACAUGAUAUAUGACAGUAUUAAUAAAUCUGAUUCUGAUUCCUUAGUACGUAGAAAGAAGCAGAAUGUCGGCUCCAAGGUGGCUCACAGAAUAAUUCCAUCAGUCCACUUCCCCCGUGUAUUGUCAGAUGGAGUAGGUACGAAGGGCCAAAUGGCCUACUCGUUUCUAUUGCGUUUUUCUCUACACGAUGGACUGACUCUGAGGACAGUCUUUCUCUCAGUUUAAUAUCAGCGGCACAGGUCGUGAAAUUUGUCGACUUGGCGGCAGCAGCACAGUACAAUACAUGAUAAAGUAGAAAAAGAUAAUUAAGUAAAACAAUUACAGUAUGUAUAUAAAUUGUUAAAUAAAAGUAGUGUAAAAACAGUAAGAAUAAAAGUGAGGCAGUGUUCAUUAGUCGUCAUCCCAAAUCUUCUAUUGUUUCUCUCUUCACUGACCAGCUGAGUAUUUCCAAGUGUUUUUAUUUCAGAAUUCAAACACGUGGUAAUUUGCUUGUUGAUUCUCAGCUUCUCUGUUAUAUGCGCCUUCUUUGUGAGAUUGUGUCCGAGCGGACUUCUUUAUGUGAGAUUGUGCCUGAGGAAUGUCUCUGGACUCCUUUCUGCAGCGCUGUGCUUGGGGAGCGCCUUUUGUGAAUUCCUUUCUGCCAGGUAGAUUUUAAAGAUAGAUUAUCUCCACUGCCUGACAUCAGGAAAGUGUUCACAUGGCUUAGGAAAAAGGUUGUGCCAAUCUACAUUUAAACUGAGGCCAUUUCAAUGGUAAGAUGCCAACAUUAAUCAGCCAAGGACCUCAACUGGAGAUGUAGUUAUUUACUAGCCUGAUACCAUGAACCUAUGCUUGGCCAUGUAAAAUGCAUUCAAGACCCAAUUGUACAGAAAAUAAGUUUGUUUCAUUUACUUUUAACAAGGACUUUCAGAAACCACCUCGACUAUUUUAUGAAGCUGAGCAGCAACCAAUGAAUUUGCUUGCAACACUGGAGGUCAAAGCAGAACGCAGGUUUAAAUGGAGUGGAUAUCUUUUUGCGUGGAAAGCAAAACUGGGCACCCUAUUUGUGGGUGUAAUAAUACUAUGCCUAGUAAUGGCAUCUUAUAUUUUAACCAGAAGCCAACAGAGACUACUGCUCACUCCAUCCCCAUUCCAAUACAGUACCAGCACAAAUAAUAACUUCCUAGAACUGGACUCGACAGAGUUUGAAGAUGACACCGAUGACCUUUCUUCACCACGAAAUUGGUUUGGAAGUAGUAAUUAUUUAAAAUCUGAACUCAUUAUUAAAACCCACAAUUCCAAACUUCAACUCACGCCAAGAAGACUGCCAGAGUGGGAUGAUCUUAUCAAAGAAGAACCACAUAUAUUUUCAGUCAUUCCGAGGAGGUUUCUUAAGAAUGUAAAGAAUCAUUGUUGGUACAUGAAAUAUACGGGAACUGCAUCAACAGACCCCUACAAGAAGAAUGCAUAUUUUUUGCACACAAAGCAUUUCCAAAUAAUAUUUGAUUACCUGAGAAAGGUCAUUUGGAAGCACUUGCAACACCACGGUGGUAAACAUUAUCGCCUCCGCUGUCUUCCAUAUUUCUACAUAAUCGGACAGCCAAAGUGUGGGACUACUGAUCUGUAUAACAGACUUAGACUGCAUCCUGAAGUGAGCUUUUCCAUCGUCAAAGAGCCUCACUGGUGGACAAGGAAAAGGUUUGGGAUCAUUCAGCCCUGGAAUGGAUUCCAUGGUCGCUAUCAAAUUGAAGAUUACUUGGAUUUGUUUGAUCUAGCAGCAUAUCAAAUUCAGAGUCAGAUAUCCAAUUCAUCUGCUGAACAAGAAAUGGACAGCAAUAUGGUUAUUGGUGAGGCAAGUGCUUCCACGAUGUGGGAUAAUAAUGCAUGGCAGAGUUUCUAUGGUCACACCGCUAACAGCGAGCCGCCAUAUUUAAUUCAGGAUUUCCUACAUGCUGUUCUGCCAGCUGCUAAGCUUAUUGUUAUGCUCAGAGACCCUGUUGAGAGGCUGUAUUCUGACUAUUUGUACUUCAUAAGUGCUAACAAAUCUGUGGAGGAUUUUCAUGAAAAGGUGAAAGAUUCUCUGCAAAUAUUCGACAGCUGCCUCAUGCACUCUUCCCUUAGAUCCUGUGUGUACAACUGCACUGUGAACUCUGCCAUGCCUGUACGAUUGCAGAUUGGAUUAUAUGCUGUCUUCUUGUGGGACUGGUAUGCCGUUUAUAACCCAAACCAAUUUCUUAUUCUACGUCUGGAAGAACACGCAGCUGAUGUGAAGAACAGUAUGGACAGAGUCUUCAGAUUCUUGAACUUAGGAAGUUUGACAGAGAAACAGGAGGCAGCCAUUAUAAACAACCCAGCAUCAAAUACCAGACGUCCCAAAGACAAAAGCCUUGGGCCUAUGUUACCAGAAACCAGGAAGAUUCUAGAGAAAUUCUACAGACCCUUUAAUGAACAACUGGCUUUUCUACUUAACAACGACUCUUUCUUGUGGGAAAAAUAAAUACAGACCAAAUUCACGAAGCUGAAAAAUAUUAACUGUUUUAUACUUUGUGGUCCUGGAAUAUUCAACAGUACAUUGACGAUAGAGUUGAAAAUUUGGUUUUUGAGUUUAUUUUUAAACUCUUACAUGAAGACUUGUUCAAAAUUCAACAAGUGUCUUGUAUAAAGUUUAACCCUCAUGAUUUUAAUGAGGAACAUUUUCCAAAUUCCUUCACUAAACAUUUCCAUGGAAUAUUUAGGUUUAUAUUAUUUGACACUGUGAUAAAUUUAAAUUCUUAAUCUGUGUACUUUUUAAAAAAUGUAAUCCCCAUGUGAUUUUAAAUAUUUUGUAGGAGUUUCAAUUACAAGUGUAUUUGGUAAAAUUGGAAUAUUCAUAAAUGUCUUCUAAUAUUGCUGCCAAAUAUAAAUAAUGAGAUUUCAAUAAUGGUGCCUACUUUAGUCUUCCAGUAACUUAUAUAAUACAUAACUUACAUAAUAGUCUGAUACAAGAGUACAAGUUUGUGUCAUUGUUCAUCUUACCUCUCCCUGUUGUUUUAUAUCUGAGAACCGGAGAUUGAGAAGCAUCAUAUCCAAUAACUGUUCUAAAAAAAAACCCCAUCAGUUUCAUGUCCUGUUCUUUGCAUGUUUUCAAUCAAAAAAUUACAUUGUUUUAUUCUGGUUGCUUCUAAACAGAUGAAUGAUUGAAUUAUUACAUCUAUGGGACCAAGACAGACAAAAUGCAGUGUUUCCACCUGAGUUCAGGUGCACGGCAGGCCUCUAUCAGUGUGUUUCACUCGGUAGUUGGUACACACUGAUGCUUUAACUGCAUAUUAUAGAAAAAUAUCCAUGACUUACACAGGGAAGCAAUUUUCUGUUCAGGUUUGCAAUGUUAGGAGCAGCAGUGCCCCCUGUUGUUAAAAUUUUGCUAUUUGGAAAAUCCAUUCAGAUUAAAUCUUCACUCUAUGCUGGCUCAAAGAAAACUCAGAUAUUUGUAAUAAUGGAUACAAAUUUUAUAAUGAAAUUUAAAAAAAAAACACCCUACAGAGCCUUGUCAGCUCCAAGGAGAAAAUACUGGUUUAUUAUUCUUUGGGACUCUUGAACAUUUUUAACCAAUGAGGACCUUCAGUUUAAUUGGUGAAAUAUUUAUAUUUUUGAGAGUACUAAUAUUUUUCUAAGAUAAUUUUUAUGUUCAACAAGGUAAGAGCACUUGAACAAUUCUUGUCCUCGUUAUUUAGUCCAUUACUUCCAGGCUAUUUCUGAAGUAAAACUGUUUAUUUUUUCAAGUUUUCUCUCAAAAAUUAACCGAGAAUUUAUAAGUGAAGAACUAGUUUAAAAAUAAGCAGUCCCUGGUUAACCAUAAUUUCACUAAUGAUUUCAUAAUUCUAGUAUUAGAAUGGCUCUGCUUUGGCUUUGGGACAGACUGUUAGUGACAUCCUGUGUUACAGACAGUUUUCAUUGUGCAUUGGAUUGAGAUUGCACAAACUCAGUUGUUUUGACCUUUCAAUGGGCAGAGUGAUUAUUAAUCCUUUGAUCAGGUUUGUAUUUGAAAGCAAGUGCCAGAGGUAAAAGGAUAGAGUGAUAGAUUUAUGUACGGUUCCACUUUUCAUUUUGCACUGCUUUCAAACCAUUCAUUUUGAGUUGUUUAUAUUCUAAGGUACUUUGUGGAAAAAAAAUCAUAAACCUCCUUUAAAUUGCAAUGCAAUAUUAUUGUCACAAUUCAGUUUGUUCAAUGUUAUUUUUGGUUCAGUUCUGCUGUCUUUGAUUAUUACUGUUUGGUUUUCUGUUGCUAAUCGUGAUAACUGACAGCUGUGUUCUGUGACUACCCUCCUGGUUACUGUCUCAUUCUACACCACCACCUUUUGGAUGGCUUGAGAAUUAGUCCAUUGCAACACAUAGAAAGCAGAUCUAUUAGGAGAGAGAGAGGAGAGAGAGAGGAGAGAGGAGAGAGGAGAGAGGAGAGA